AUGGGUAACGACACAAACAGCAUCACUGUGGCGGUUCCUGGAAAAGGAGUUACGAAAGUAACCAUCAAUGCUAGCAGGAUUGAGGAAAAGUCCCAAGAUAUUCGUGCGGUCUAUGAGCAUGCCAAGGCUUUGGGUGCACUCUUUGGCCCAUAUGCCCAAAUGUCACCAGACACUGUUUUACCGCUAUUGAACUUUCCAUACUCAGCAGAUGUUCGCAGUACAUCGGCUCAAACCCUUGCCGCUGUUUAUGAAGCGGCUUGCGCCGCAAGGGCAAAUUCGGGAGGUAUGCAUAUUCCGCAGAAAUAUCUCCCUGGUGUUGCAACAUCUAUAGCAAAACAAGAAACGACAUGA